GCCCCGCCCACAUCCCGGCCCACGGCCCCGCCCCGCCCGCCGCCGGUUCGGAACCGAGGACGCGGCGAUAGAACGCAGCCGGUUACCGAACCACCGGGUACCGGGCAUGUACGACGUGACGGCGAGCAGGGCGGCUGGGAAAGGACCUUUGAAGGAAACGUGAAGCUCGGCGGAAGGAUGGACCCGGUACCGGGCCGGAGUACCGAGCACCGGGAGAAGCCGGCGGUGAUGGAUGGGGAGGCGGCGGGGCGAGGCGGAACGGGGACGGCAAUAGGGGCUCAAGAUGAGGCCUCUCCGGUGGAGCAGAUUGUGGCGGAGGGAGAAACGGCGGCAGGAACGGGAACCGGAACCGUAACGGGAACGGGAACGGGAACCGGAACGGGAACGGGAACCGGAACGGGAACGGGAACGGGCACGUUCGUUCAACGGCAGUUCGGGGCCAUGCUCCAGCCGGGGGUCAACAAAUUCUCCUUGAGGAUGUUUGGCAGCCAGAAGGCCGUGGAGAUCGAACGGCAACGGGUGAAAUCGGCCGGUUCGUGGAUCAUCCACCCGUACAGCGACUUCAGGUUUUACUGGGACCUCAUCAUGCUGCUGCUGAUGGUGGGCAACCUGAUCAUCAUCCCCGUGGGCAUCACCUUCUUCAAGGAUGAAAACACUACCCCCUGGAUCGUCUUCAACGUGGUUUCGGACACUUUCUUCUUGGCCGACCUCGUCCUCAACUUCAGAACCGGCAUCGUGGUGGAGGAUAACACCGAGAUCAUCCUGGAUCCCCGCACCAUCAAGAUGAAGUACCUGAAGAGUUGGUUCGUGGUGGAUUUUAUCUCCUCCAUCCCAGUCGAUUACAUCUUCCUCGUCGUCGAUCUGGAGACUCAGGUGGACUCUGAUGUCUAUAAAACAGCCCGUGCUCUUCGCAUCGUCCGCUUCACUAAGAUCCUCAGCCUGCUGCGCCUGCUGCGGCUCUCACGUCUCAUCCGCUAUAUCCACCAAUGGGAGGAGAUCUUCCAUAUGACGUACGACCUGGCCAGCGCCGUGGUGAGGAUCUUCAACCUCAUUGGCAUGAUGCUGCUGUUGUGCCAUUGGGAUGGAUGCCUGCAGUUCCUGGUGCCGAUGCUGCAGGAUUUCCCUGAGGAUUGCUGGGUUUCCAUUAACCACAUGGUGAACGACUCGUGGGGGAAGCAAUACUCUCAUGCCCUCUUCAAGUCCAUGAGCCACAUGCUGUGCAUUGGCUACGGCCAGCAGGCGCCCGAGGGCAUGUCAGAUGUGUGGCUCACUAUGCUGAGCAUGAUUGUCGGUGCCACCUGCUAUGCCAUGUUCAUCGGCCACGCCACAGCCCUAAUCCAGUCUCUGGACUCCUCCCGGCGUCAGUACCAGGAGAAGUACAAGCAGGUGGAGCAGUACAUGUCCUUCCACAAGCUGCCUGCAGACAUGCGACAGCGCAUCCAUGAUUACUACGAGCACCGCUACCAGGGCAAGAUGUUUGAUGAGGAAAGCAUCCUGGGGGAGCUCAGUGAGCCGCUCAAAGAGGAGAUCAUUAACUUCAACUGCCGCAACCUGGUGGCCAACAUGCCUCUAUUUGCCAACGCCGACCCCAACUUUGUGACCGCCAUGUUAACCAAGCUACGUUUCGAGGUCUUCCAACCCGGGGAUUUCAUCAUCCGCGAAGGCACCGUGGGCAAAAAGAUGUAUUUCAUCCAGCACGGGGUGGUCAGCAUCCUCACCAAGGGCAACAAGGAGAUGAAGCUGUCUGAUGGCUCCUACUUUGGGGAGAUCUGCCUGCUGACUCGUGGCCGGCGCACGGCCAGCGUGCGAGCGGACACCUACUGCCGCCUCUACUCCCUCUCAGUGGACAACUUCAAUGAGGUGCUGGAGGAAUACCCCAUGAUGAGGAGAGCCUUCGAGACCGUGGCCAUUGACCGCCUUGAUCGCAUCGGCAAGAAGAACUCCAUCCUGCUCCGCAAACGCGCCGAGCACAGCGCGGGGCCCAUCAACACCGAGAUGAUCCAGCAGAUCGUGAAGCACGACCAGGACGUGGCCCACAACAUCCAGGAGCUGCAGCAGAUGACGCUGGGCCGGGAAUUGAGCGGAAAACCGGUGAUUUGGGAGCCUUUGGUUCACGCUCCGUUGCAGACGGCGGCAGCCACAACCAACGUGGCCAUCGCGCUGACGCACCAGCACAGCCUGCAGGCUCACAUCUUCCUGCCCCCCUCCUCCAUCUCCAGCCCCCUGUCCCCCGAUACUGCCCUGCUGACCAAACCUGUCCGUCGCUCCCAGCCCAGCCUGGGGGGCUCCCGUCCUUCCUCCGUCAGCUCCCCCUCAGGGGCUCCAUCCCACCUGCAGACCCCAGCCGCCGCUUCGCCGUCUUCUCCCAUGCUCCAGUCCCAGGUGCCCGUGGAAAGCGGAGCCCAGCGGCCGAGCCUCGGGGCUCAGGGUCCCCCAAGAGUGGGGCAGAAGGGGGAGAUAACGACCAAGCAGCCCCCGGUAGCGGCGGUGGGACCCCAACCCCAGCUCUCCAAGUCCCGUGGCGCUUCGGUAUCCACCUCCCUGCUGCAACAGGCGGCGGGUGCCCCGUCCCCCAGCUCGGAGCCGCCGGUGGGGAGGACUCUCCAUUACAGUCUAUCCAGAGCCACCGGCUCCCACAUCUCGCUCCUGAUGCAGCCUCAGCAGUUGGUGAAGCACCGGAGCAUCCACGGGCUGCCCGUGGGGCGGCUCACGCAGGACGUCCGCCUCCUGUCGGCUUCUCAACCCUCCCUACCCAACAAAGUGGCCCAACAAGCGGACGGCAGCGGCUCUUUGCAGCAGGGCAGGAAAUCAGCGGGGAACCUGGCCCGUAGAUCCUCCCCAUCGGUCUCCGGACUCAUCUCUAAACCGGCUCCGGGGGUCCCACACCCGCAGCCUUCGGGACCCCCGACCCAACCGAACCGUCCCGCAGCUCCCAGCCCGCAGUCCCCGGUGUCGGCUCCCCGCCCGGUGGCGGCUCCUUCCCGUAAGGGCUCCGUGGCCUUCAGCCCCGACGUGGAAACGGGGAAACCCAAACUGCCGUCCAACAUGUGAACCCACGGCUGCGUCCGUAGGAACGGAGAGCCCGGCCGAGACCCGGAGGGGGCGGCGAGGUGAACGG